AUGAUUCCUUUCUUUCAAGAUUUCGGAAGAGCCAUAGAUGGCUAUUUCUUAGAUGGGCGUGAUGCCACAGAAGAUGAUGACAUUGAAGAUAUAUAUGGUGAUGCCAAAAUCUAUACAAUGUCUGAUUUACUCGAUGCAAUUAACGGAACACUUUAUAAAUACAUCAAUUUCACAGAUUCAUUCCCGUGUUCAUAUCCUCUAACAAGAUCAUCUAAUAUCAACCUCACUAUUGAUCUUUCUGAUGGAGAUACAAAAGUUUUUCAAAUUACCGAAGAAAAUAUCACCGAAGUUCAUGAUAUCGCUGAGAAAUAUCUUGAUCAAUUUACAGCAUACACUAUAAGUAUGAUCAUUACAUUGCAUCCAAGAGAGUCUGGAACGAUUGAUUCGUAUCAUAUUGGUGUCAAAUCUUCCUUUGAUUUCAUUUUUGGAACAGGAAUCAUUGUAUGGAAGAACCUACAUGAAAGAUCUAUCAGAUAUUCAAAGAAAGCAACUUCUUCUAUGUUAUCCCAGUAUACAAUUACAAGCUCUAUAUUAAUUAUAGUAUUUUCCUUGAUCUGCUGUAUCUUGACAGUUAUCUCGCUUAUUCAAUUCUACAAAAAGGCCAAAGAAAAAGCAAUUAUUGAAAGAACAUCAGUUCUCAAGUACUUUUGGGCCAAACUUGACCUCUGGGAUCCCAUAUCCUUCCUUUUAGAUGCUGUGUCUAUCACUUGUGUCUCAAUAUUCCUUCAAUACGGUAAAGAUGUAAAUGAUGGAUUGCCAUGGCCGAUGUUUAUGCUUAGUUUAUCCUCUUUCUGUCAUUCCUUUGUCCUUUUCAAGUUCUUUAGGCUUGUUCCUUCGCUUUUUAUCAUUGUUCGCAUGUUAAAUUUGGGAAUUGGUCCGGUUUUAAAGUUUUUAGUUGGCUGCUUACCUUUCUUCUUCGGAUACAUAUACGUUGGAGUCUGUCUCUUCGGUUGA